UCGUCCACAACAGGCAGAUAGAGAGCUUUCUUUCGUUUUGAAAGGCACUGCUUCAUAUUAGAAGUCAAAAUGCCAGGCCCUUUCAGUUCUGAGGACAAUAAGCUUCCCCUUCAUGACCAAAUAGCGGAGAUGCAGCAGAAAAUUCAGCUGCUUGAGUGGGACAAAAGUGCCUAUUAUGAGAGCUCUCAGGCCACGAUGAAGAGGAACAAGGAGUCCAUACACAAUCUCCGACAGGAGAACGAGAAGCUGCGUAGGAGGUUGGCUGAAACACACACUGAGGAUGAACAGAUGAUGAGCAAUGUGUUUCAAGACAGAAAGAUGGAAAAAUCUGGCUUGAAGAAUAAAUCAGGGGAGGAAGCGCUCAGGAAACUUGACCAAAAAGUUUGUGAUAAAGUGAAGAAACUGAAUGCCGUAAAGCACCAAACAGAGACUCGCCGACGCCACCUGGAGGAACUGAAGCUGCAAUAUUGCAGAGCGAAGUCCGCGCGUGAAGGCAGCCAUUUUGCUGCACAGGACAGAAGGGAGGAGGACAAGAUUGAAGGAGAGAUCUCUGAAGACCAACCCCAACAGAAAUUACGUAUCCUGGAGAACCAGCUUGAGAAAGCCCAACUGAAGUAUCAGGAGGCUGAAUACAUCAUGAGGGGAUAUCUGAAAAUCAAGGGCCAUCUGCAGGAUGAGAGUCUAACUUACCAGUCUCAGCUGGAUGCCCUGGAGGCUGAGAUCCUGAAGCAGAGACAGGAGCUGCGUGAAUUGCAGGUCAUGAACAAUGAUGCACAGCUGUCCAGGGAUGCGGCCUACGUGGAGCUGCAGCAGCAAGAGAAGUCAGUGUCCAAGGAGCACAAGGAGAGAGAGAGCAUCCUGUCCCAGUACAAGAAGAAGGCUGAGGAGUGCAAGGCCCACACCAAGAAGGCGCAGCGAGCUGCUAUGCACGCCGAUGAGCUGAGCAGCGAGUCCCAUUCCAGCGCCACCGGUGGAGAGGAAGAGAGAACCAUCUCUGCUAUAGAGGAGGCCUUCCAGCGCAUCAAGGAAGCCACUGGCGACAGAGACACACAUGAGGUGGUGGAGAGGUUUAUUGCUCAGGGGAAGACUCAGAAGCACCUGGAGAACCUGAAGGAGGAGAACGAGAGAACUCUGCAGCAUCUGAAAAAACAGCGUGACCAUUUGCAAGCCCGCUUCCAGGAAAUGAAGUAUUCUGGGGAUACCAGGCUGUCCAGUCGUCAGCAGAUGUUGGAAGAGUAUGAGGCCAAUCUCCAGAGGGAGCAGCAGAGACGGAAAGAGGCCAGGGAGCAGCUAGACCGGGUGACCGAUACGCUUUAUAUGGUCCGUGGAGUUGUGGAGAUCCUUAGCAACAAGCUGCAGCACAUCACUCCGACGGACACCCCAGUGGUGGAGCUGGAACCCAGCUCAGAGGACUAUGUGUUGGAGCUGCUGAUGCAGGUGGAGCAGAAGCUCCUGAUUGUGCAGGAGGAGCUACAGGAGAAGAACAUUGAUGCAGCCAUGGGAGAAAUGGAGAAGGAAGAGUUCUACACCAGCAUUGAAGGGAAGCUCCCAGAAUACAAUAUCCGUAUACUAUUACCAAAGUCCCAUGCUCAGGACCUGUACGAAGAAGAGGAGAUUGGGGACGACAAGGGUGAUGUCAUCACCCGGGCCGAGCUUAAGCGUCAGUCCCAAAUAAUCAUAGAUUCCAAGACAAAGAAGAAGACAGGUACCAAGAAGGAUUAGAGCAAACCAGUCUACCACUCAUGGGUCAACGAGUGGCAAGCCCAGCAUGAAAGUGUUCUUUUUGGUAGUCCUUCAUAGUGUCAUGUUUAGAGUUAC